GCAACUCUUGCCAGGGCUGGGGGAGGGGGGCGUUCUUGUGCACCGAUGCUCCGGGUGGUUAGUGGGCUGGAUGGGGAGGAACCAAGAGAGGAGGCUGGGCAUCUCGGGAGAGAGAGCAUGAGCCAUCCCCCCAUGCUAAUGUUCCCUGGCUGGCUCUGGGACCCAGGAGCCCUCCUGCCGUGGGACGGUGCCCAAUCCUCUCCCUCCAGCUGUGGCUCUUCUCUACCCGUCCACACGGAGGUCCUACCUUGGAUGAUGAUGGCUAUUUGUGCCUUGGAAGAGCCUCCUCAGUUUUCUCUCUUGUACAAUGGGGAGGGGGUUGAAUGGCAUCCAGCAGGUCCCUUGUAGUCGCUUUAUUUUACGAUUUUCUUAUAUUUCACUGGGGUCUCUGGGAAGAUACUGGUGAGGGGCCUUGGGGAAAACAUGGGAGCUUUUAGGUUACCGUUUCUUUCCUCUGUUGUCCCCAAACUCCUCAGGAGACUAGGUCUCCGCCCCUUCUGCUUUCUGUUCUCUGCUCUGUCUCUUCCAGGUGGAUGCUGCGUCUCUGUCCCGAAUCUGCAGGGAGGAAGUAGCUCUGAGUUUCUGGGGAGUAAUAGGUUUGGAAACCCCCAGGCUGGCCCCAAGGGCCCCAGCCUGUGGGGAGUGUGACAAACAGGAAAGGGUUAAAAGGCUAAGGCAGGCAGCUUUGGAGGAAGGAUGAGGAGGAUUCAGCCUCGCGCUGCAACCAGUCAGGUGGCAUCUAGGAGCUUCUCUGGAUCGUUUCAGGUGCAUUUUAGCUCCUGGGCUUCCUUAAGGCAGAAAGGUCAUCCUCCAGCUUGCUGAGAACAGUCAGGUUUCAAGGCAGUACUAAGUGCAUCUGCAGAAAGGACUGGGAUACUCCAAACAUUGGAAAUGCAAAGCACGGCCAAUUACCUUUGGCACACGGAAGAUCUCCUGGGCCAGGGGGCUACUGCCAGCGUGUACAGAGCUCGAAACAAGAAAUCUGGAGAACUUGUUGCUGUGAAAGUGUUCAACAAUGCCAGCUACCUACGCCCCCGAGAAGUGCGCAUGAGGGAGUUUGAAGUCCUGAGGAAGCUGAAACAUCAAAACAUUGUCAAGCUGUUCACGGUAGAGGAGAUGGGCGGCGAUAAGGAGAAGGUGCUGGUGAUGGAAUACUGUUCCGGUGGUAGCCUGCUUAGUGUGCUGGAGAACCCCGAGAAUGCCUUUGGCUUAGCAGAGGCUGAGUUUCUGGUGGUCCUGAGCUGUGUGGUGGCUGGCAUGAACCACCUCCGAGAGAAUGGCAUCGUUCACAGGGACAUCAAACCUGGGAACAUCAUGAGACUUUUAGGAGAAGAUGGACAGAGCAUCUAUAAGUUGACAGACUUUGGGGCUGCCAGGGAGCUUGAAGAUGAUGAAAAGUUUGUCUCUGUCUAUGGGACAGAAGAAUACCUGCACCCAGAUGUCUAUGAGCGAGCAGUGCUCCGGAAGCCUCAGCAGAAGGCCUUCGGGGUGACGGUAGAUUUGUGGAGCAUUGGGGUGACUCUGUACCACGCAGCUACAGGCAGCCUCCCUUUUGUCCCCUUUGGUGGACCUCGACGCAACAAGGAGAUCAUGUUCAAGAUCACGACAGAAAAACCAGCUGGGGCUAUUUCAGGGACUCAAAAACGAGAGAAUGGUCCCCUGGAGUGGAGUUACAAGCUGCCUAUCACCUGCAGGUUAUCCUUAGGGCUGCAGGGCCAGCUGGUGCCUAUCCUGGCCAAUAUCCUGGAGGUGGAUCAAGAGAAGUGUUGGGGGUUUGACCAGUUCUUCGCUGAGACCAGUGACAUCCUUCAGCGGAUCGUGAUCCAUGUAUUUUCUCUGUCUCAGGCUGUCCUGCACCAUGUCUACAUUCAUGCCCACAAUACGAUAGCCAUCUUCUUGGAGACCGUGUAUAAGCAGACCAGCGUGGAGCCCAGCCACCAGGGGUACCUCUUUGAAGGCCAUCCUUGCCUCCUGGAGCCCGGCCUUCCUGCCCAACACCUGGCCCAUACCACUGAGCACAGCCCUUUGAUCCUGCUCAAUGAAAAUAAUGAAAAUCCCAUCGGCCUGGCCUUCAGAGACCCAUCCCUGGAUGUUCCCAAGUUUGUGCCCAAGGUGGACCUGCAGGCUGAUUACAACACAGCUAAGGGUGUGCUGAGCGUGGGGCACCAAGUGCUGCGAAUCUCCAGGGCACUGCUGGACGGUCAGGAAAUGAUGCUUCGGGGGCUGCAUUGGGUGGUGGAAGACCUCAAGACGACAUGUGGGCGGACCCUGGAGACCACUCAGUCAGCUCUCUUGUUCCUGAGCCCCAGUCUGGGCACUGAGGGGUUCACCUCCAUGACUGGGGAAGAGAUACCAGAAUUGAAGGAGUCAGCAGACCUGAAGUCAAAGCUGCAGACUAUUAAUGAGAUCCUUUCCAGAUGUUCCCAAAAUAUUGUGGAGACUCAAACUAGUCUAACCAGCCUGUCUUCUGAGCUGGUGAAGAACUGGGAUCAGGUACAUGAAGACAGAAGCACCCAGUGCAUUCAAUGCUGCCUGGACAAGAUGAAUGUCAUCUACAAACAAUUCAAGAAAGCCAGGAUGAGACCAGGGUUGGGAUACAACGAGGAACAGAUCCACAAGCUGGAUAAGGUGAACUUUGGACAUUUAGCUAAAAGACUCCUUCUGGUUUUCCAAGAGGAUUGUGCACAGAAGUAUCAGGCAGCUCUCCUCACCCACAGCAAGAGGAUGAGGACAGUGCAUGAGACAAGGAAACAUCUCUAUCUGGUCAGCAGCUCAGUAGCCACUUGUCAGAAAGAAGCACAAGAAGCCCAGGGGCAACUCAGCAAGGCACUGGAUCGGUUAUCUCGUCGGCUUUGGCAGGGCAGAAUGAAAGCAGCUCAGGAUUCUUCUCCUCCUUUUGCUGCUUAUUCCAGACCCGUACCAAAGGACCUGGUUCUUCACAUUCAAGAGCUCCGAGAGGAAAUGAAGUUACUAGCCUUUGAUCUCCAACACAAUAAUCAGAUCAUUGAGAGGUUAAGUACAGUCCCGUCUGCCCCUGGGUCUUUAAGAGCUGAGAGUGAUGUGGUGGAAUCCUGAACCUUAAGAAAUUGAGCUCAUCAACACCACAGGGAACUGGACACAGGGCAAGGCUGGGCCCCAUAUUUGACCUCAUCCUAAUUCCCUUCUGGCAUCAGGGGUCAGAAUUGCCUCUCACUAGUCUUUCCCAUGGGUUUCAAUUACACUAAGGACCUACAGUACCAGAGAUCUGUGAAACACCCUGGAUUUCCAUGUACUGAGAAGGUCCUGCUUAAGGCUGACCUCUGUGUUAUAAAGGUUUGGUCCAUGUGUAGCCCUGCCUUGUGCUCUUCAGCUCAUAUAGGGAUUGGGAAGAUACCCCUUCCUGGCCCCUUCAGGUUCAGAGGUUUGCUACCCCAGGAAGCGGGAAAGAAACCCCUAGAGAUUUUCUGUGGAUGCUGACCUAAGCUGCUGCCUUCCUUCCUCUGAACGUAUCUGAUGAGAGGCAAUACAUCAUUCUGUUCUGUCCUAUUUCUCCUUAAACCUGAUGUGUUCAGGUGAAAAGUUUCCUGGCUAGUCUUUGGCCUAAAUCCAGAUCAGUAGAGUCAGACUGUAGGAGGAAAUGUAAUCAUUCCUCUAGAGUGAGGACUGAAUAUCUGGGCUGUUCCAUAUACUUCUUUCUGAGAUGCUCAGAAAAGCCUGGAAAAACCAACCAACCAAGAUCGCCCUGCCAGCUAGCAGGAACCCAAAAAACGAGUCUGAAAGCAAUGGAAAAGUGGAUCCGAAGGACCUCAACCCCACUAAAUAAAAAUAUGGCUAACUUU